CAUCGAAUCAGCCAGCCAGCCAGCCAUCGAGCCAGCCAGCCAGCUAGCGAGGUGCUGCUGGCGAUGAAAGCCGCGAAAACCGAUCGCGGCACGUCGGUGAUGAAAUCGGUGUCCGAGGGCGAGCUGGGCGUGGAGGAAGAGGUUAAACCCAGCGCGGAGCCGCGCGGCCCCACGCGGCUCAAGCGCACCUUUACACUGCCGAGAAACCCGUUUCAAAGUGCCAGCAGCAGGAUGUCGCGGCGACGUCCGAAGCAGCAACAGCAGAGCCACGGGGACUCGACGACGACCACCACCGCGACGAGGGACGCCAACAACGGCGCGCCGAGCGCCAACAAGGAGAACAACGCCAACAGGAAUAACAACGCUCGUCACGCGGACGGCGGCGUGCAGCCGCCGUCGGCCCGGCAGAGCGCGAUGACGGGACGGCUGCAUGGCGGCCAUCAGGAUUCCCAGGAUCGACCGUGCGGCAAGAAGGUGUUCCGCCGGCCCUCCUGGAAGAAGUUCAUCAACAAGAUGGUGCGGCACAUGUCGAACGUGGGCACCCAGAGCCACAAGUCCGCCUCGAUGAUCCACCAUCAUCAGCGUUGCAGCGGUGGCGGCGGUGGUGUCGGCGGCGGUGUCGGCGGCGGCGUCGGCGGCGACGACCUCGGCUCGAGCGCGGGCGACAUCCGGGUGCCGCCGCCACGGCCGGCGCACAUCCCGCCCGAUCGCGUGCCGGGUGUCAUAGGCCUACGCAAUCACGGCAACACGUGCUUCAUGAACGCAGUGCUGCAGUGCCUCUCGCAUACCGACAUCCUCGCCGAGUACUUCGUCCUCGAUCAGUACAAGGUCGAUCUGUCGCGCCGCAACAAGCUCAACUCGAAGAAGUACGGCACCAAGGGCGAGAUCACGGAGCAGCUCGCGCUGCUCCUCAAGGCGAUCUGGAGCUGUCAGUAUGACCCGGAGAUGAGCACCGCCUUCAAGAGCGUCGUCGACAAGUACGGCAGCCAGUACCGCGGCAAUCUGCAACACGACGCCCAGGAGUUUCUGCUCUGGCUGCUCGACAAGGUGCACGAGGAUCUCAAUCAGGCGACCAAGAAGAAGUACAAGAUUAUAAAGAACUCGUUCGGCAGACCCGACGACAUCGUCGCCGCCGAGACGCUUGCGAAUCACGUGCGGUGCAACAACUCCUUCGUACACGCCGUGUUCCAAGCGCAAUUCCGGUCUAGUCUGACUUGUCCGAGAUGCCACCGGCAGUCAAACACCUUCGACCCCUUCCUGUGCGUGUCGGUGCCGGUGCCGCAGAAUCAUCGGCAGAUGAAUCUCUAUGUGAACGUCCUCUACACGUCGCAACAGCCGCGGCAAGUCAAGAUCGGCGUGAGCGUGAAUCAGGCGGCCAACGUGAGGGAGCUUCGAGAAAUCUUGGCCAGCGACACCGGCGUAGACGAGAAUCACAUGCUACUGACUGAGAUUCAUGACGAAGGAUUUCACAGAACCUUCUCUGACUGUCAGCCUCUAUCCGUGAUUAUGGAAAACGAUCCACUUUACUGCAUUGAGCUACCGCAAUUGAAGGAACCAACGGAGCAAGCGUAUAUCUUGUUGGUUUGGAUCAACGUUCUCGUGAAGGGGGAUCUGAAGCAACGUUUCGGUAGCCCGUACACGAUGCAGGUGUCACGCGAGACGUCUUACGAGGAUCUGCAGAAACUUCUGCUCAAGGAGAUGCAUAGCACGCUAGCGGACGACGUUCUCACAACCAGCCAAAGUCCAGGACUCUUCAAUAUCCGCGUGGCAGAUCCGGCAGCGACGCCGAUACAAGACGAACAUCCUUGUAUCGAUCCCUGCGUGGAACAUCCACUUUACACGGAGCAGAUCGAGCAAGCGUUGGCGCUCUGCGCCGACGAUUCGGGUCCGCAACAUGUAAAGCUAAUUCUCGAGUGGGACGAGGCCACCAAAUGUAAUAUAAUACAGGACGACAGCGACCAGAUCGAGGAACAUGCAAGCGUGAAACAGUUAAAAACUAAUUCCGAACUGGGCGGCGCGGUUACCCUGGAGGAAUGUUUCGAUCUGUACACGCGAGCGGAGAUACUGGGCGCGGAGGACGCGUGGCAUUGUCCCUACUGCAACAAGAAACAAGAAGUCGUAAAAAAACUGGGUCUCUGGUCAUUGCCCGAUAUAUUAGUCAUACAUUUGAAAAGAUUUCGUCAGCAGUCCAAGCAACGGUCAACGUCCAAGCUGACUAUGCUGGUGGACUUUCCUUUAUAUGGUUUUGAUAUGACACCGCAUCUCGCCCACAAUGGUGUUCAGACGACGCAUAACAACGUCACCAGCCUGGGUGGUCUGGGUUGGUCGCCUUGGAAGAAACCGCGGCCGCGGCAACACAACAUCCCCAAGUAUGACGAGAAUGUCUACGAUCUCUACGCGAUAUGUAAUCAUCACGGGCAGGAUCUGCAAGGUGGACAUUAUACGGCGUUUUGCAGAAAUCCAUACGAUACGCAGUGGUACUGCUUUGACGACACACGCGUGGAAGCGGUUAAUGACACUAAUUUGAUCACAAACGCGGCGUACAUGCUGUUCUAUCAGCGAAGAGGCCUGUCCAAUAACUCCACGGGAAAUUCGUCCGCGGCAUCCACGAGUUCAGCUGGUUCCGGUCUAGAUCACUGGGUGUCGAAAAUGCCACCGUUUUAUUUUAAUAAUAAAAGUACCAGUGAUGUAACGAACAAUAAGCAAAGUAAAUCGCAAGAAAUAUUAUGCCAGGAGAAGAUCGUCGAGGAGAAGAAUAUGACCAACUUCACCAGAGGCUGUGGCAAUUACGCGACUCUGCAGCCUAAGAAGAGGAACGUUGCAACGGAAACCGAUAUCGGACAGAUUGAUCAUUACUCGGACGACGAAGCACCUUGUAGAAGAGAAUGGGCCUCUCCGAAACCCGUGCGAAAGACUUCAUCCAUCACGUUGACGCCACACAUACCGCCAGCAAUAAUUCAAACUGCUAGCAGUGAUCCAAAUACAACAGUGAUACACGAAUCUACGUUGUAACACACAAUUUAAGUCAGGCUGAAAAGUCUGGCUCGAGCAAUGCUCAAUGUACAGUGCCUGGUGUGCCGUGAUGUUUGAAUAACAUCGAGUGGCGAGAUUAAAAAAAAAAAGAAGAAAGACAAUUUCGAUAGAGUAUAUAAAUCCGUUAUUUUUCGAUUACUGGAGUACGAUAUGCUGAGAGACGACGAAAGAUCGUUCUUUCAUCUCGAAUUUAUAUAGAAAACGCUUUCUGAUAUGGACGCCGAAGUGACUGACGGAUUUCAACGGCGCGUGCUUCUCUUCGCGCAUGUUAUUUCAAGAGGUGUAAUAAAUCUUCACGCAGACGUGCGUGAUAUUUCGAACGAUGAGUAUAGAAAUACGAGGCAUUAGUAAUUUUUGUAAUUGUAAUACCGUGUUUGUAAUACAGCUCGCGUGGAUUGUAUUAUAUGAUAGCAGCUAAGAUAGCUUUUUAAAAGAAGACAAAUCUUAUACUCAAUAUAUGAAGAAUUGCGUAUAUUCUUAAGAGAAGAAAAAGAAUUCUCUAGUAUUUAUAUUAUACAAUUAGAUACCUUGAAUGCAAUAGGCAACUAAAUUCUACCUAUGUCCAGAGGAGGGAAUGGAUAUUUCCGGAGCGAUUUAGCGCAGUCGCAGCGCGUCUAUGUUAUGUCAACGCAAACGUCGUUCGCGUCGUGUCAUCAUCUUACAAUGAAAGUAUAUGACAAUAAUGGAAAAAAAAUUUGUACGUUACAAUCCUGCGUUAAAAAUACACACCUCAUUUUUUUUUACAAUUAAUCGUUUCUGGACAUACUGUAGCUACUCGACCGUUGCUUUGAGAAUCUAUGCUUAUAACUGUAAUAUUUAUAUUAUAUCUGUAUCAUCCACUAGUGGCCUUAUCUAAGUAAUUAAUACUGAUACACUCGCGUCACAUUAUUAAGCAUAUUAAUCGUGUAUUACUCACAAGCGUUUUAUUUUAGAUAUUGAGACUGUUUUUUGCGAGAGUCACCGAAAUCGUGUAACGUUAAUUUUGCAAUAUUCUUGUCUGAUUUAGGCAUCUCAUUUAGGAGAAGCACCUGUGAGAGUUAUAGUUUAUAUAUCACAGCCUACAGUCAAGUUCUUCCAAUGACUGUGUGGACUCAGCGCUCCGCUAAUGCGAAAAAAAGGGGCGAUCAACUUUAGAAAACGCUAUGGCUUUUCUACGUAACAAGGAGAACAAGAUAAAUCCACAGUUGGUUUCUUAUCGCGAUUGAAUAUAUUUCAAUCUCCCAAUUUUAACAAUCAUUCCAAUCGGAUAUUGAGUAGAGUACGAACGUGAGAGCAAACGAGAACGUGAUGAAAGCAAGAAUUUAUAAAUAAAUAAAAUAUAUAUAUAUAUAUAUAUAUAUAUAUAUAUAUAUAUAUAUAUAUAUGUAUAUAUAUGUAUAUGUAUGUAUGUAUGUAUGUAUGUAUGUAUAUGUAUAUAUGUAUGUAUGUAUGUAUAUGUAUAUGUAUAUGUACACAUACAAGAUUAUAUGAGUGAAAGAUGUUUAAGUUAUUUUAUUAAUUAACAUUUUAUUACUAGUCACAUGUAUCAUGAACACGGGUAAUUAGUAACAACGACUAGAGUGCAAACGGCAAAGUUGUGUCGCGAGUUACUACCCGUUAUUAUGAUUUUAGAAGUUCCGUCAAUCGACUGAGGAUGUACUCUCACAUAUAUACACUCACAUAUACAUGUUAUUAAAUAUGACUUAUUCUUUUGUUGAAAUAAAUAGAGGAUGUAUAUAUAUGUACGGGAGAAAUGUGUCAUUCCACUUUUGUGCACGUUGCAGUACACAGUAAUUCAGUCGUUUUCGAUCUACGGCUCUCGUCGCGUGCGUUGCAUUUUUUGUUACACGUUUACAAAGAUAAGCGGGAAAAGGUGUCACGCGAUAUUAUACCAAUUUGUUGCAUUGGACCGUAUAUAUACAUAUAUAUGUAUACAUGUAUGCGUACCUUGUCUUUUUGAAUAUCUUUUUAGGAUUAGCGGUAACUCUCUUCUGCGAAACUUCUUUACUUAUCGACCAAAUAAACGGGGACUUAAGUAACCGAGACGACGCUGCAACUCUGAUAUCUUACCGACGAUAUGACAGAAAUCGUGAAUGAUUUGAAAAUAAAUACGAUGAGACAAAG